CAUGGUGCGAAUGAUGUCCGUGGUGCGGGUGACGUCCGUGGUGCGGGUGAUGUCCGUGGUGUGAGUGACGUCUGUGGUGCGAGUGACGUCCGUGGUGCGGGUGACGUCCAUGGUGCGGGUGACAUCCAUGGUGCAGGUGAUGUCCGUGAUGCGGGUGACGUCCGUGGUGUGGGUGACGUCUGUGAUGCCAGUGACGUCCGUGGUGCGGGUGACGUCCAUGGUGCGGGUGAUGUCCGUGAUGCGGUUGAUGUCCGUGGUGCGGGUGACAUCCGUGGUGCGGGUGACGUCCGUGGUGCAGGUGAUGUCUGUGGUGCGAGUGCCGUCCGUGGUGUGGGUGACGUCCGUGAUGCAGGUGACGUCCGUGAUGCGGGUGACGUCCGUGGUGCGGGUGAUGUCUGUGAUGCGGGUGAUGUCCGU